CCACUAGAAAUGUGCCAACCCCGUCGCCGCCCCCGUCCUCCUCCUCCUCCUCCCCUUCCGCUUCCGCCCCUCCCAAAUCCCCCAGACCUGACGCGUUGGAGCGCCGAUUCGCGGCUCGCGGCUGCUUGAUUCGACCGGGCUCGUCGUCCCCGCCGGUGAUCCGCGGGGGAUGGGGUACCUGAGCACCGUGAUCGGCCACCCCACCGACGGAUCGCCCGUCAGCGGCGGCGGCCUCAGCCAGAAUGGUAAAUUUAGCUAUGGUUAUGCAAGCUCCCCUGGUAAAAGGGCUUCCAUGGAAGACUUCUAUGAAACAAAGAUUGACUGUGUUGAUGAUCAGAUAGUUGGCCUUUUUGGAGUUUUUGACGGUCAUGGUGGGGCUAAAGUAGCAGAGUAUGUUAAAGAAAACCUGUUCAGCCAUCUUCUUAGGCAUCCAAAGUUCAUGAGUGAUACCAAAGUCGCUAUAGAUGAUGCUUAUAAAAGCACCGACAGUGAAUUCUUAGAAUCUGACAGUAGUCAAAAUCAAUGUGGGUCUACUGCAUCAACUGCUGUUCUUGUCGGUGAUCGUCUCUUUGUCGCAAAUGUCGGGGACUCUAGGGCUAUCAUAUGCAGGGGUGGAAAUGCUGUUGCUGUUUCAAAAGAUCACAAGCCUGAUCAGACAGAUGAGCGGCAGCGUAUUGAAGAUGCUGGAGGUUUUGUGAUGUGGGCAGGAACAUGGCGUGUUGGUGGUGUACUUGCAGUUUCACGCGCUUUUGGUGACAAACUCUUAAAGCAAUAUGUAGUUGUGGAUCCGGAGAUCCGAGAGGAAGUUGUCGAUGACACACUUGAGUUUCUCAUCCUUGCAAGUGAUGGGCUGUGGGAUGUGGUCUCUAAUGAGGAAGCUGUCGCCCUGACCAGAUCCAUUCAGGACCCGGAAGAAGCUGCAAAGAAGCUCCUGCAAGAGGCCUACAAGAGGGAGAGCAGUGACAACAUAACCUGUGUUGUCGUGCGCUUCUUGCACGGGCAAGGUAGUAGCGGAUAUGCUUAAAGCAAAGCAGUAAAAGUACCCUAUGCCGUGUGUGCUAUGAUAUAGAUGCGUUGAUUGAUGGUUCCAAGGUUAAAUGGAGAAAUGGUGAAGCUAGGAUACGUGUAUCCUGUUGACUAAUGGGAGUUACCGGGAAAUGUGUGUACCUUAUUAGGUUAAACAAUAAGUUUGCUGGCGGCUGUUCACCGUAGUUUCGUGGCAGUGGAUGGAUGUGGGGUCUGACGAUAGUGUUGUAUUGUUGUGGAAAAAAACACGAUAUGUGGAGACUUUUGAUCGUCUCCAUCAGUUUCCACUUUUGGAAGUGAAUUGCUGCAGACAUUUUCUUUCA